AUGGGAGAAUUAGAAGAUCUAGACGCACGCUUAGCAGAAGAGGUAGGUCACCUAUCUACUAAGUUAGUAACAGCUGUCAAUAAACAAGUUGAAUUAGAAGAAACGAUUCUAUCAUUACGUAAGACAGUUAAUAAUUUAAAACAAGAAAACUCAACAUUGGUUGAGACUGAUCGUAAUUAUCGAAUAAUUUUACCAAAAUAUAUGAAAUUACAAGAUGAUUAUAAGGAAUCUCAAGAAUUACGUAAUAAAGCUGAAACUGAAAAUAGUAAAUUAUCUGCUGAAGUUGAAGAAUUGACCGCUAGUUUAUUUGACGAAGCUAAUACAAUGGUUAGUAAUGCGCUGAGAGAGACUCAUAAUUUCAAGGUUAAGAAUCGGAAAUUAUAUGAGGAAAUUGAGGAGAAGGAUCGUAUCAUAGAAGAUUUACAAGACCAAUUACGGGAUUUAAAAGAUAUGUUUGUUAGGAUUGAACAACAACAAAGACAAUCAAGUGCUAAUACACCCAAGAUUGAACCAACUCUGGAUAGCUUUGAUCAAAUAUCAACAACAACCACUACCGUAGUGACUAAUGGCAAUAAUACCGCCGGGGUUGACAAUAAUAAUAAUAAUAAUAACAAUAAUGACGACAGUUUUUAUCAUUGGCAACAAUUACAAGCAAUUAUAUAUUCACCUCAUGUUAAUGCUAUACGAUUUGAUUUAGAUAAUUAUAAUCAAGAUUUCAAACAAUUUAUUUAUACUAUAAUUAAUCCAAAUUUCCAAUUCGAUUUAAUUCAUUUAAAACCAUUACCAUUCUUUAAGAAGAUUUGGCAUGAUGAAUUAGAAAAUAGUUUAUCCAUAAUCCCAGCCUUACCUGCUACAUCCACCUUAUUAAACCGUUGGCAAAAGGGGAAAACCUUUUGGGGUUCAUUGAUUGAAGGUCGUGUUUCAAUCGAACCAGUUAAAGGAAUAAAUGAGAGUUUUAAAAUAACAUAUCGAGGUUCAAUUCAUUCUAAUUCGUCACCAGUGGCAAUUCAAGAUCCAUGUGCAUUUUGUGGAGAAUGUCGGACUGAUAAUUUGGAACAUUGUCGAUUAUAUUGUUUGAAAUUAUAUGAAUCUCAUAAUAAUGAAGAUUUGAUUGUUAGUUAUCCAUUAUGUAAUUAUUGUGUUAUUAAAUUAAGAAAUUUAUGUGAUUUCUUUGCAAAAUUAAGACUUGUUCAUUCAAAUGUAUUUAAAUUAACUGUUACUACACCCAGAAUAGGAAUAAAUGGAGAAACAAUUGUAAUUCCAAAAGUAUUGGAUCAAGCUGAAGAAUCUAAAUUAAUUAAGAUUUAUAUUAUGUUAAUUUUAAUCAGAGGGAAGAUCUUUUGGAGUAAAUUGGGAUUUUGGGAUAAUAUAAAUCAAAUCCAUGAAAUUAAUCUUGAUGAAAUAGAAUAUGAAAGUUUUAGUUAUUUAAUUCCAAAAACAACAAGAAGAGCUAGUGAUGAAAAUGGUCGUGAUUCAAUUAACCAAACUCCAAUUCCUCUUCAACCUACUGAAGAAGAACAACAUGAACUUGAAGAGGAGGAAGCAAAACAAAGGCAGUCACAUGAACUUGAAGGCGAUGAAGCCAAGCAAAGACAGUCACACGAGGGGACGCCUGAGGAACAACACGAGGAAUCUAAAAGUGAUGUAGAUUCUAAUAGUGUUCGAGAAUUCGAUGGAGAUAUUCAUAAUAAGCAAAGUACUGAUGAAUCAAAUGAACCACGUCCGUCGAAUGAAGAAUCCUCUUUGGAUAGAUCAAAUUCGAGAUCGAAAGAGUUCAGAGAAAAGAUUGAUAAUGAAUUAGAUAAAACAUUAGAAAUGAUUGCAGAGAAUCUCGGACAAGUAGACUGA